GGGCGACGGGGGCUGAGCCUCUUCCCUUUGGCCUCUCUGCCCUGUUCUUCCAGGCCAAAGGGGGCAUUUUGGGGAGGGGGGGGUGUCUCUUUGCCUCCUCCAGCAUCCUUUCUCCGCCUGCAUCCCUCCCGCAUCCUCCAAAGGGACCCAUCCGUCGCCCUGAGCAACCGGCUGGAGAGGUGGGAGGGGGGGGAGAGAAGAACCAGGCCAACGACCACCAAACCCCUCGUCCCCAGCCACAGAGACUUGGGGCGAAGCUCAGGUCCAAAACUGAGGGGUGUCCUUCGGUUCCUCGCAGAUCCGACUGGUUUCAGAGGAACUCCCGGCAUCCUGGCUAAUUUUGGCGAUACCUCCAAGGAGGCUGUGAGGAUGAUGAAGGAGAUGGAACAGGACGUGGAGAACUGCGGCUAUCCAGACGUCGAGGAGAGCUGGCAGCCGAAAAUCAUCAAGCAGGAGGAGGAGGAAGAAGAUGGGCUGGAGAUGCACCUUAACCGGCUGGAGGUUGCCACCUCCGCUGCGCAGGGUGCUACCAAUGGACUCCACCAGGUUGCAGGAAAACCGAGCAGCCCUGAGCCCAUUCUGCUGGGCUCCGGAGCUACCAAUGAGGAGAUCCUAUUGGUGGACUACCAUGUGAGUCCUUAUGUGCGAGGGUGCCGACCCCAGCUGGGGGAGCUGCCCCACUGGUGCCUGGAAUGUGGCAAAAGCUUCAGCUUGAAAUCCGAGCUGGAAGUGCACCAGUCCAAGCACACCGGGCAGAAUUCCUACAUCUGCGGCGACUGUGGGCGGAGCUUCAUGGAGCACAUGGCGCUGUCCGGGCAGGGGGCCUGUGCCGCCGGACACCCCUUCAGCCCUUCGGGGAGCCGGAAAAAAGGGCCACCCUUGCCUGGCGAAGCCGGGGUUCAACGCAAGGAGCGCAAGGAGCUGUCGCUGCAGGAGAAAGUCCGCGUGCUGGAGAUGCUCGAAGGGCCCAAGGUCUCGCAGAGUGAACUGGCCAAGCGCUUCGGGGUAUCCCAGCCCCAAAUUUGCCGCAUCAUCAAGAACAAAGAACGGAUCCUGACCGAGUGGGGGAAAAAUGCCAACCCGGGUCGCAAACGCAAACUAGAAGACAAAGGACCGGCCGGCGGUGACCGAGCAUUCUUGCAGUGGUUCGAACGCAGCUGCGGACACCCAUUCCCAGCUGAGAAAGUCACCCUCGGAGGCGGGGAACCGGGCAUGGAGACUGCUCUCCAGUGGCCAAACAGCUCCCUGGUGGCCAAGUCGAAAACGGUUCCCAGGAGGUCCCUCCCGGAGAAGUGGAGCCGGGAAGUGUUGGAGGAAGAGGAUGACGAAGAUGAGAAUCGCUGGGAAAGUACGACACUGCCCUGUAUCCUCGGACACUACGACCUUCCAAAUGUCUAUGCAUGUGGUGAGACGGGCAUGCUCUUUCGAGCGACCCCUGAUGACCUGGCAACCCAGAGAAGUGGUGGCGAAGCCAACGACCAGCUGACCGUCUUGCUCUGUGCCAACAUGGAUGGCUCGGAGAAAAAGGAUGUGUUGAUCGUGGGCAAGGCGGUUCGGCCAUUUGGGGCGCUCCGUGGAUUGUCAUCCGCGACCUACAAGACAAACCGCCGGGCCUGGAUGACCCCGGCCAUCUUUUCCGAGUGGCUUCAGAAGUUCAACGAGGAGAUGAAGGAGCAGGAGAGGCGGGUGGCACUCUUUGUCACUCAGUGCAGCGUCCACCCCUACACCGAGCUCUCCAAUGUCCAGAUGGUCUUCAUGCCACCUCACCUUGCCUGGCUGCCUCCUCUGGAGCAAGGGGUUAUCCAGAAUUUUAAGUGCCACUAUCGGAGACGGAUGCUGACCCAUCUCUUGGUCAAGGACCACAGCCAAGUCACCAGCCCCACCAGCAAACUCUCCCGGUUCCUCACCCUGCUGGAUGCCGUUCACCUGGUGGUCCAAGCGUGGUCAGAAGUGUGCCCUCAAACCAUAGCAAACUCUUUCAAAGCGGCUGGCUUUAGUGUGAAUCCCCGCCUGAUGACCCCUUCGUUGGAAGUAGUGCGAGCAUUGGGCUGCAAGGAUCAAGACCAGUUUGAGCAGUUCGUGUUGAUGGAUGAAGGGUUGGAGUGUUUUGGAGACCAUGAGGGUGUGGAUGCGAUGAAGGAGGUCCCUCCAUCCCAAGAACCCAUCUCGGCAAGAGCAGAAGAGGAGGAGGAGAAGGAGGAACCGGCUUUCUUCUCCUGUCCCUCCAAGACCGAUGUUGUGGAAGGCUUGGCAACGCUGCGGCGUUACCUGGAGUGCCACGCGGUGUCGCCCAACAUCUUCCAGACGUUCUACCAGCUGGAGGACACAAUCCAUGCCCUGGCUCUGUCCGACAUGCAGUUAGCCAGAGCCAAACCCUGUCAAGACUGAGGCCCAACGCACACCUUGAACAGAUGGAGCACUCCAGAUCCUGAAAUGGGUGUCCAGAAAUCCAUCAAGCCAUGCUCUUUUUGGAUUUCUGGACACCCAGUAGAGUCUCCAAAGUAGUUUUUUGGCAUGUAGUAUCAAGCGAGAUCUUGCCGUUUUCCUCUGGAGAGUUAGUAGCAUGCAGAAAAUAACCAAUUUCUGGACAUAACUGACCACCACCUUCUCACAUAGAAUCUGGGGAGGGGGUGGUGGACAACAGGGGUCUUCCAUUUGACCCAUCCUGGCAUCUGCUUAUCCACCAAGGGCGAGUUUGUUCGGUAUACUAGAUUGUGGUUUCUAGACCAUGGUUCAGCCCCUCACUGAUCGUGGUUAACAGCAGAUUUGUAAAUGUAGAAAUGUGUGGAUAACAGAAAGGCCUGGGGGUUCCUGGGGGAGGGACCAAACCAUGCCACACCCCCACAUGCACAUGAUGGGAGUCAGUCCCCCACGAUGGACGCAAAGGACAGCCUCUGCAUUCUUCAUAUGAGGGGCUCGGGGCCUCUUCAUGACUUGUACAGAACAUCGUACGUUGGCCUGUACAGGAGAUGUAGCCCUGUAGACAUGAUCAACGAUGUUGGGGGGAACUUAAGGCUUAAAGGUUGGGGAAAUGGGAUGUUAGGGGGUUACAAGGCCCUGAACAGAAGGUCUUCUGAUGUCCCGAAGGACGCGGUGAUCAGGCACAGCAAAUCAGGGCGAUGGAGGUCACGUAGCGCCCGGACAGCUACAACCGACGCUGGCCCACUUUUUCUGGGGAGCUUCUGUGAGACCUCAACCUCGGGGUAGUGUUUCAUCUCAAGUCCGGCUUGGCCACCAGCAGUGGACCCACAUCACCCCAUGAACGAGGUCUCCUCGGAGAAGGCUGCUGGAUGAAACCCAGGCGCUACAUCAGGACAACAGUGGCUCCGAGAGAGAACAGCUUUGGAGAUUCUCAGAAUUCCCCUGCUUUUGGAAAAUAAGAGGGAGGGGUGUAGAUGCUUAGAGCCCCUGAUCCCGCUCAGUCUGGGUGUCUGAAGGACUUUGACUUCACAGAUGGAAAUGACCUUCUGGACCGGAUGCCAAUAAAGUGUUCAAAGGCUGAUUUCCGUAGUGGGUGUAUAUGUACAUCGGUGUGUUGUUUGCACGCAAAGACACAAGGGCAGCCCCAUAUUAAUAAUUGCACAACUUCGUUGCCACACUCUGGGUUGUUUUGUUCUCUUCACAGCCUCACAGCCACAACACAAAUUAGUGUGAUCACUGGAAU